AUGUUUAAUAAAUCUAAAGAUUCCCAACAAAGGGUACAUCCUCGAGCUAUACGUCAUCAUGGUCUACUCGGGUCGGGAUUUGUACAACAGCAUAUGGUGUGUGAUGAUAAGUGGUCGACAAAGGAUUUAAGGGAUGAGUUUAAGGCUAUGGCAGGAUGUUUGGGUAAGCACCAUGUCUUCAAGACAAUUGAGAAACACCACCAACUGCAGCAUAUUGCCAAAAAUGUACAACAUCUCCGAAAGCAAUGUCGCCAGGGACGCCAGGAAUUACUGGCCAUAGAAAAGCUAAAAAAUCGCAAUAUAAUAAGAAACCUCUUGCAGGAUAAUAAAGAGCAGGAAUGCCUAUAUCAGGAUAUGCCGGUGCAUCAGGUGGUGGAGAACAUCGAUCAAAGGACAUUUGUGCUGCGCAAGGAACAGGAUCGUUUGAGGGAUAGGAAAAAUAAAUUGGAAAAGCAAUUGAAGGAGUUGAAGCUCAAAGCCUCCCAUCUAGAAGAUCGCAUAAAAUUCCAAAAUAUCUUCGAAUUGCAAGAGGAGAAAUUGGCCAAGGAGUGCGAAAAGAAAUUAUCGAAUAGUCAAAUACGUCUGAAAGCCAUAAAGACAAUUAACACCACCUAUCGGAAAGUUCUGCAGGUUCUUCGACAUGAUGAAAUGUUCUAUGAUCCAAUACUCCAGUCAUUGUGCGAUGACAUCAAUGAUCAGAGAAUGUUUAUAGAACAUAUUUUGGAUGUGGGAAAACCUGCAUUGGAAAAGCUGAAGUAUUUGACAGAUUAUUCGAAGGAAUAUAAUGACAAAUUGCGCUGGGAGACCCAAUCGUUGAUACACGAUAUUGCCAAUAAACAUAAACUUCUAAAUCGAAGUAAACCAAAUCCGGUGGAACGCAGUAAACAGGAUGAGGCCACUCUCUUGGUUGAGGCACGUGCAAGAUAUGCCCGCACUACAUAUAGCAUGAGUAAAUUGGAAAAUGAACUCAAUGCGGUGUCGGAGGUCAUCAAUGGCAUAAAGUUUGCCACAUUGUGCUCAACGGCAACAGAGAUUUUUCCGAGAAUCAAAGCCCAAAUUGAACACAACUAUAAAUUGAAGAAGGAAAUUGUUUGCGAUUCCCUUUGCCAGGCCACACUGGAGACCAAGGAGAAAUACUGUGAGGUCCUGCAAGAGGUUAUUAAAAAUAAUCUAUCCCAGGCAGAAAUUGAUCGCCUUGAUAAAAUUAAGGAUCUGAAUGACAAAAUUAAACAGCAGGAUGCAAAGGAAAAGGAUACUGUUCAAGCCAUGAAACGGAAUAAUGAUUUGUUUGUGGUGUUGCGUAUUUUCCUGUGGAACAUCUUUGACAUGCUGCGACAUGUCUACAAGACAUCACGUCCAAAACGAAUUCAGUAUCCAAAUUCCUAUUUGAAGCUACCUCUGUUAAAAUUUGAAACAAUGACUUCAUGUCCUCCGGAAAAUAUGGAAGAAGAUAUUAAUGAACUCUUCCAUAUGGUUCGCCAAAAAUUAACGCACCUUAUGAACGCCUUUAAUCAAUUAUCCAGCGGCUCAACUAAGCGACGUUUUUCUAUCCCCAAAAAUAAUUUGGAAACACAUCGUGAAGUGUAUAUGGAUGAUAUGGUGACAAUGUUUCAACAAUAUGACGAGGGUGCAGAGGGAGAUUUCAUUCGAAAUGCUAAGGUCAAAGAUGCCAGUGAUGAUGAGAUCAAGGAGACGGAACGUAAUCCCAAGGAAAUUUAUAGCCGCCAACAAAUGAAAGCAAAAAGUCUACAUUUGGUCGAAGAAAAUCUUAAAAAGGACUAA